GAAAAUUAUUUCAUUUUCUUUCUUCAUGGAAAUUCAUUUGCAAUAUUUUUUCUUUUUCAACGCAUAAUUUAAUUAUCAGAAAAUAUUGAAAUAAAUCUCAGAAAACAAUCAUUGAAGUAGUAAAAUUGAAAAUGACUGAUAAAGUUGACCAAUACUACGACGUUGCUUUGUCCCUGGUAAAAACUUGUGGAAACCUUAUUAGUGAGCACAUUAAUGGUUGUAAAUCCUUCGUACUGAAAUCAUGUGACAUAGAUCUGGUGACUGAAAUAGAUAAAAAAGUUGAAGACACACUGGUCGGCGGUCUUUCUAAAGCGUUUCCCGACCACAAGUUUAUUGGUGAGGAGUCAGUCGCAGACGGGACGAAAGGCGAGUUGACAGACUCACCAACAUGGAUCAUCGAUCCAGUUGAUGGAACAAUGAACUUCGUGCACGGUUUUCCGCACAGCUCAAUAUCGGUGGGCCUCACAAUUAAUAAGGAGCCAGUUGUUGGUAUUAUCUAUAAUCCUAUCUUAGGGCAGAUGUUUACGGCUAAGAAAGGUCAAGGUGCCUUCUUAAAUGAGACACAAAUUCAUGUAUCACAAGUUAAAGAGUUUGCCACGGCUUUAGUCACAUUUGAAGCAGGUACGAGUCGAGACCCUGAGAGAUUUAAGGCUGUGCUGGAGAACUAUAAGAUUCUGGUCAGUAAAGGGCAUGGAGUGAGAACAUUGGGUUCAGCCGCACUGAAUAUGGCUAUGGUGGCUUUAGGAGGGGCUGAUGCUUAUUUUGAAUUUGGAAUUCAUGCUUGGGAUGUCGCAGCAGGAACUGUUUUGGUGAGGGAAGCUGGUGGAGUGGUCAUUGAUCCUGCUGGUGGACCAUUUGACAUAUUGUCUAGGAGAAUACUCAGUGCCAGUACAAUGGAAUUAGCUGAAGAGAUCUCAAAGAAUAUAGUUCAGUUUUAUCCUGAGAGAGAUUAAAUUCCCUCAUAGUUUGAAAUUAAUUAGAAAUUUUAAAACCAUUUUAUUUUAAUAAAUUUUAAACUCAAUAUGAAAUUAGAUAGAAUUUCUUGAUUUAAUACAUAAAUGUUAAUACCACAAAGCAAAUUUAUAAAACUACAUGAAUAAGCAAAUUAUAAACUCAUUUUAGCCUACAAAAUAUGACACACCAGUGCUCAUGUUAGAAUCCAGGUGUUAGAAUAAGGGUUUCAUUUGUCUAAUGAGAACCCUCAAAAAUUAUAAUAUGCAUAGUUACUAGUGGAAGGACGUUUUGUGAGUCUGCACCGGUACAUACUGCCCCCCUUUCCUAUUUCUGCUGUGAAGCAGUAAUGCAUUUCGGUUUGAAGGGUGGGGGCAACCUUUGGACUAAAAACAGACCUAAGAACUAAUAUCUCAAGGUAGGGAGGGGAAUUUGCAUUGUAGAUGUCUAUGGGCUCCUGUGGUUUUUAGCUGAUAUUUAUGGGCCACAGUACCAAUAGGUGGUUCGUGAGCUUGUCCACCCAUCAAAACUAUACAAUAAUAGUUAUAAUAAUGAUUACUACUUUUGGUGCAUUUGUUUAUAUGCAUUUCUUUUAAAAAAGUGAAGGUCAUGAGAGAAUUUUAAUUUAUUAAAAAUGUACUUGUAAAUACUUGAUCAAAUCAUUAUAGUAUUUUUAUUUAUGUUUACAACUCACAAAAUGAAGAUACAUGUUCUUUAUAAAAAAUGUGGCUUAAUCUCACGUUUGUUGUUUCUGAAGUUUUUAAUUCUUUACGGUUUGUAUGGCCACAGAUGACUAACAGUACUGAGACCUUAGAUCUACCCUCUCAAGGUACGUGGCGGCAUUUUCGUUGUUGAUGCUGUGAUUUCCGGUAACCCCUUAUAACACCAGGUGGGCCUGAGAGCGUCCACCCAUCACAGCAAUAAGAAAAGAACAAAUUAGCUGAAACCUUAAAUAUUAAAAUUAUUAUGUUAAAUAUUUAAUUUUAUAGUUUUAACUAAUUUUAGACAGCAGUUUUACUGUUUUAUGAAUAUAGGUAAUAUCUCAUACUGGCUAGUCGUAAGCUUAUCUUUUUUUCAUUACUGAAAAGUAAAUGUUUAGUAUUGUAUAUUAAAAUCUCAUCCCUAAAUGAGUAGCUGUGUAGUAAAAAAAACAGUUCUGUUACACAGAUGGUGUUUGAUGGUGAAAAGUGAGAUUGUUAGUUUACCCUAUGGUAUAGUUAUGUAGCAA